AGGGGACGCUUCAAGGAGGUGAGGCGGGAGUGGCGGCUGCCGCAGCACUGUGCGCAGGCGUGGAACUGACGGGACGGACCCGGUGGCAGUGGCGCAAGCUGGUUUAAAGAAAGCCCCUUUUGCGGAAGGAACACAUUUGCCGGUAUCGCUGCAUAAUGUCAAGUACUUUGCCCUUCUGGAUCUUAAAUUCUGCAAGGAACAGCAUUGCCACGUUACAAGGGGGCAGACGUUUGUAUUCAAGGUGUGCCUCAAAUAGAAAUAAAUCAAGAUGGAGACUCUUUUCCCAGGGACCAGGCGCCCUGAAGAGCAGUGCCCCGUGCAGUGGCUUUGCCCUGCAGAAAGCCUACAGACACACAUCAACAGAGGAAGACGAUUUCCACUUGCAACUCAGCCCUGAGCAGGUAAAUGAAGUGCUGCGAGCCGGUGAGUCGGCUCACAAGAUCCUCGACCUCGUCAGUGGAGCCCCAAAUUCAGUGUUACGGUUUGAGAGCAACCAACUGGCUGCCAAUUCCCCAGUGGAGGACCGGCGAGGUGUGGCUUCCUGCCUGCAGACCAGCGGGCUGAUGUUUGGCAUCUUCGAUGGACAUGGUGGCCAUGCGUGUGCUCAAGCAGUGAGCGAGAGGCUCUUCUACUAUGUGGCGGUGUCGCUGAUGUCCCAGCAGACCCUGGAGCGGAUGGAGGGAGCCAUGGAAAGCAUGAAGCCCCUGAUGCCCAUCCUGCAAUGGCUCAAGCACCCAGGGGACAGUAUCUACAAGGAUGUCACGUCAGUGCACCUUGAUCACCUCCGUGUCUACUGGCAGGAACUGCUUGACCUGCACAUGGAAAUGGGACUCAACAUUAAGGAAGCAUUAAUGUAUUCCUUCCAGAGACUGGAUUCUGACAUCUCGCUGGAAGUCCAGGCCCCCCUGGAAGAUGAGAUGACGAGGAACCUUUCACUCCAGGUGGCCUUCUCUGGGGCUACAGCUUGCAUGGCCCAUGUUGAUGGAGUUCACUUGCAUGUGGCAAACGCUGGUGACUGUCGGGCCAUCCUUGGGGUCCAGGAGGACAAUGGCAUGUGGUCUUGUCUGCCCCUCACACGCGACCACAAUGCCUGGAACCAAGCUGAGCUGUCACGGCUAAAGAGGGAGCACCCUGAAUCAGAGGACAGGACAGUCAUUGUGGACAACAGGCUGCUGGGCGUGCUCAUGCCCUGCAGGGCCUUCGGGGAUGUCCAGCUGAAGUGGAGUAAAGAGCUGCAGCGCAGUGUCCUGGAGAGGGGCUUUGACACCGAGGCCCUCAACAUUUACCAGUUCACCCCCCCACACUACCACACUCCACCCUACCUGACUGCUGAGCCUGAGGUCACCUACCACCGGCUGAGGCCCCAGGAUAAGUUCCUUGUGUUGGCCUCAGAUGGCCUGUGGGACGUGCUGGACAAUGAGGAUGUGGUGAGGCUGGUGGUGGAGCACCUGGCAGAAGCAAGUCGGCACAAGCCAGACCUGGCCCAGAGACCCGCCAACCUAGGACUCAUGCAGAGCCUGCUGCAGCAGAGGAGAGCCCAGGGGCUGCGCGCGGCCGACCAAAAUGCAGCCACACGUCUGAUCAGACACGCCAUAGGGAGCAAUGAGUAUGGGGAGAUGGAACCGGAGCGGCUAACAGCGAUGCUGACUUUGCCAGAGGACUUGGCGAGGAUGUACAGGGAUGACAUCACUGUCACCGUGGUGUAUUUUAACUCAGACUCAAUUGACGCAUAUUACAAAGGGGGUUAAGAGUGUCCCGUAUUGCCAAGGUUAACUUAAAUGCUUUUUCUAAGACAUUUUCACUUACUCUUAAACUGGCUAUUCAGACCUUACUGUUAAAAAGGCAGGCCGAGGUAGCUGGGCUUAAUAAUAGACUGACAUGAGGAAAAGCCAGGCUCGGUUUAAAAACGGUAGCAGUGAUUUCAUGCCACAGUGUGUUUUGGUCACUGCUUCUGCAUAGAGAGGGCAGAGCAUUGAGACCACAGAAUUGGCUUGGGCCCAUAGCCAAAGUCCUUUUGUAAAGACGCUGUUGUCGUUAAGCCAUCAUCAGCCUGAGCCUUCAAAGGGUAAAUGUAAUCAUCGUCCUAAGACUAUGAAGAACUUCAGGACUUCCUGAUGUUGUGCAGAAUCUGCAAACUUGGUAGUUUUCCUCAAUUUACAAUCGCGGACUUAUUUUUAAAUUACUAAGACCUAGGUUUACAGAGAAUACUCUUUUCUAUGCAAUAUUCUAACUUUUUUGUGUGAUUAUACUUGUGAAAACAUUUUGUGAUGCUGCAUCCUGGUGUGUUUUUGUUUAUGUUAAAACAGUCCUCAAACUUGCAAACAGGCCUGCUGUAAGCAUGCUUGGAAUGAUUUGUCUUGGUUUUCAGCUGAGAGUGAGGGGGCGAGGCCUCUGGACCAGCUGAUGAAUUGACUCGUGCCACUUGUGAUACCUUCCACUGUGUCCCACCCCUUGAACCUUGAGCCACACUAGGAGGUAACUUCUAUCUAAGCCUUAACUCCUCGCCUUCCCGGCAUUAAUAAAAUAUGCUCCAGGGCUUAGCCUCUGUGGGGCUAUUUAUAGCACUUAGCCUUUCUGAUUAUACCUCUCAAACGUUCUUCUGUUCAUUCCACCUAAUAUUCCUACCUCUGCUCUGCCAAACUCCCUCACUCUACUGCUACUGACUAUAUGCACGCAAUAUCGUCCGGAAAGAAGGCUCCCUCUUCAAAUGGUUACAGGGGAGGAGAAAAUGUGAUCGUGUAAUAUGGUAGUUGUGACAGAUGUGCAGGCAGGACUGGCUUAUGCAGUGGAUUAUGGACCUAAGAUUCAGCCCAAAUCUGGACAGGUGAAAACAUGAAGAGCUUGAGAAGUCACUAACCAGGGCUGCCUGUCUGUGUCCUGAGAGGCAGUGGGGAAGAAGGAGUGAGAUUUGUCAGAUGGGAUGCUUGCCCUAAGUCUGUGGGAUAAACCGCCAUGGCUUCUCCUCAGGAGCCAGACCAUAUUUAGUAUAGGAGUUGGGGCAAAAAUAAACUGCAACCUGUAAUGGCUUCUGUGGGCAGCACAGUCUUUGUGUUUAUUUCAAAUUAAACCCUGUGGAUCCUUUUUGGGGGAAAGAAUUUUGUGUUCUCGUGAAAUGCUCCGGCAUUUACACAACAGGAAAUGUGUCCCUAAAUGGAAACACAAAUAUAAUCCCACAAAGCUGACAGUUCUGUCUUCCUGCACUACGUUAGUUGAUCCCUCUCCUCCUCUUCCACCUUGUACCAUCCACUGAAAGAAAAAAGAAAGUUUGACUUUUCACGUCCCAGUGAUACUCAUUCAAGUGUUGGAGUGCUUUUAACUUGGGGACAUUUCCCUGUCUGUUUUCCAGUGCAGCUCUUCAGUGAUUGGGCUUCAGCUCCAGUCAGUGCUUAAGCCUUGGUCCUUUUAUUCUGAAAUCAUUAGUGUUCCUUUUGACCUCCUGGAUCAUAACUGAGAAAUAAAACGUGAAUGACUGCCAUUGUGCUCGCAUGAAGGUUUGUUGCUAAAGUUGAAGACUGCUUGUCUGCCAUCCUUUGUUCUUUAUGUCAGCUAAACCCUGGCACACCGUCGGAGCAUUUACGGGGAUUACAGAGUAUGAAUCCCGUUUUGGAGCCUAGCAAAGGCCAUAAAAUGCGUCUGACUCAGUAACUUGCGGGACAGCUGAGAGAAUACAGACUUCCCACCUGCUUCUCCAAGCUUAUCUGUGUUUUUUCUCUGCCUAAUAUAUUUCCUGCUUUCUAAUUGUAGUACAUCGAGAUGGAAGAAAGGCCAGUUUAUUGUCUGCCUUUUUCUACUGUGAACUCUGUCAGCCCUUUCCAUGAAUGCUCCAAGGAGAGUCUCCUGGUUAACCCCCAGCAUGUCUGUCUCCUUGACCACAAUUGUGGUGUCUGUGGCCUCUCUGAGACCUGGGCUACUGCCAGAGGACACUGGAAUUUGAGAGGGGGUUGGUGGUACUUGUCAGUCUUCUAAAGCAUUUAUUAUUCCUUUUAGUAAAGAUUUCCAUAUUGAGACCUCUAAAAUCAACUAAAAAAUAAGAUUGAACAUUUAAUAUUUUGGAUAUACCUUGAAUAAAGUAUGCUUUGCUUCUUUAAAUUGCAUAUAAUUUUAGGUAAGAAACUUUGUAAUAUUGGCAUAAUUUCGAUAUUGUUUUAUGUAUAAAUAUCACAGCUCCGCUAACUGGGAAUUGGUCAAAAUGGUUGAGAAGAUGGUAUUCAUUUUAAAUGCGGGUUAGUAGCCUCAGUCAAGUUACUUAGAUUGGGUUUUCUGAAAUAUUAUUUGUAACAUUAAAGCUAAUUUGUUAUAUAUUAAAAAAAGCUAAUGUGUUAUAAUGAAAAUGUGAACUUUGAGGUAUGUUAAUAUAUAAACACAGUUUUCCAGAAGUAUGAUUGGCCUAAAAGGUCUUUAGUAUUGGGCACACUGGCUAAAAGUUCAGGCUAAACACAACUGAGCUGGCACCCUUUUAGGCCUAAGAGAAAUAUAAACAGCUUGAACUUGAGUCAGUUAAAGAAGAAAAUAAUGGAUUGUAUGGAAUAAGAACAUGUGUUCAGAAUGAAUCUGGCUUGACUCUUUCAUCCAUCGGUACCUGGUAACCUAUCUUCAUUUGACAGUUCUUGGGAGGCCUUGACUUCCCAGAUUAAACCAGAGUAUCUUGGAACUGAGCCAUCCUAGUGUCAUCUUAAAGUGGUGCAUUUGUCUCUGACAUGACUCCUUCCCCUGGUGGAAAAAGCCCAAGUAGGUUUGGAGCUGGGGUCUAAAGCCUGGUGGUACAGCUGUCAUGCAAGCAGACUCGCGCAUCGCCGAGGGGGAAAGGACUGCUAUGCAACCAUUUCCCGAGCAGCCUGGAGCUCCGUCCCUUAUACUUUGGGCACCUCAUGUUGAACUUGCUUCCUGGAAAAUAAUUUGUUAUCAAGCAUUUACUUGGACAAAUUACUAACCAUGUUCUUUAAUAUUUACUGACAUUUGUAUUUUAAGCUGUACUCCCAUGAUCUUAUUUGACAUUGAUUUUCUGACUAUUAGAGAUAUUUAAAUGAAACUCGUAAAUAAAAGGCAAAAUGAAAUUUGG